GUUUAUUCACAGUUCUAAGCUUCAGUUUCUCAUGCAUUCUAUUUGCAUUAUGCAUGGGCAUAAAAAGGAAGUUUUGCCAAGGAGGACCCUGAGGUACAAGUUAGGAUUCAUCUGAAGGAGGGAGGAGUUCCAUUCUGCCCAUUCUUGUGAAGACUGUGACAGUUUCUUUCAUUAGGCCUUAUGCAUUUUGGAUUUCAGUGAAAGCAGCAGGGUUCAAGAAAGUGUUCAGUUUCAGACCUGGAAUCAGGAACAAAUGGUUGAUAUAUCGAUGAUCAAUCAAUGAUAUAUACCUGCAUCCCUAAUUCCAGACUCUCUUGCAAGAAAUUGUUCAAGGGAAGUGCAAGAUUUUGACAACCAUAUGCUUUCUUCUGAAAUAGUAUUGAUGUAAUCAUUGUACUAAGAAUAAAUUUAUUUGUGAGUCUUCCAUCAAAUUACUGAAGAGGUGAAAUGCUUGGAUUAAGUUUUGAGUCUUGAUAUUAAUUAUGACAUGUUGAAAUCUGCAGAGAAAAUUGUGAGAGGGUCAUAGUCCAGAAUGGCAGGAAGAAGGUUGUCAGCUCUACGGCAGUUGAUGUCAGAGAAGGGACUGCAAGCAUACAUCAUCCCCUCUGGAGAUGCUCAUCAAAGUGAAUAUGUAAGUGACCAUGAUAAAAGGAGAGGAUUCAUCUCCAAUUUUAUGGGCUCAGCGGGAACUGCUGUUGUGACUGAAACUAGUGCCAUGCUAUGGACUGAUUCAAGGUAUUUUCUGCAAGCUCAGAAUGAAUUGGACAGCAAUUGGACCUUGAUGAAAGAAGGUGACUAUCUCAGAAAGCCCACAGUCCUACAGUUUAGUCCUUAUUCUGCACUGAUAGGAAUGCCUUCUGUGCCAACCAUAGAAGUCUGGUUGUCUAAGAAUAUCAAGAGCAAGGGGCAAGUUGGUGUUGAUCCAUGGUUAAUUUCCUCUGCAACUUGGGAUAUCUUUGAGGCAGUACUACGACCUUGUGGUGUUUCUCUUGUGCCAACUCAACCAAACCUGAUUGAUCUCAUUUGGCCAGGUGAAGAAAGGUCUGCUUCACCCAAGAAUCCAGUGUUUGUUCAUGAAUUGAAGUACUCAGGGAAAUCAUGCAUAGAGAAGCUGGAGAUGGUAGCAAAAGAAUUGUCAGAGAGAGGAGCAAGCUUUCUGGUCAUCACAGCUCUGGAUGAAGUAGCAUGUAUGAACACCAAAUAUGAAUACAGGGUGACCAUGGAUUUUGCACUUCAACAAUUUCAAUGCAAUUUUUUUGGAAGUCAAGUUGAUAUCUUGGACAGAUAUGUGAGCUGGACUAGAUUCAAAUUUUCAUUGCAUUGCCAUUUAGGGAUCCUGAACCUCCGUGGAAGUGACAUCCCCUACAAUCCAGUGUUCUUUGCAUAUGCCAUACUUAAAGCUGAUCCUCUCAAUUUACAAGUUUUCAUGGAUGAGACAAAACUCUCAGAAGAAACCAAGGGGAGCUUCCCAAAGAAUGUGCUGUUCUUCCCAUAUGAACUAUUCCCUGAUCAUCUGCAGAAAAUAGCCUUUGGUGGGUCUCCUAUCUGGGUAUCAAGAAGCUCCUCUCAAGCUGUGAUAUCUGCAGUACCUUUUGGCCAGAGAAUCAUGGAUUAUUCACCUGUUGCCUGCCUGAAACUUGCCAAAAAUCCCACUGAAAUCCAAGGGAUGAGAGAUUGCCAUGUAAGAGAUGGUGCUGCAUUAUGCUCUUUAUUGGCUUGGCUGGAGCAUAGACUGCUGCAGAAUGAGAGCACCUCGGAGCUCGAAGUUGUCAAGCAUCUGGAGAAAAUACACAGGGAUAUGGACAAAGAUGGGAUAUACAAGGGACCAAGUUUUGAAACUAUAGCUGCGUAUGGUAGCCAUGCAGCAAUUGUACACUAUCGCCCCACCCAUGAAACAGAUUGUCAAAUAUCAACUGACAAUAUCUUCCUCCUUGACUGUGGCUCCCAUUACAAAACCGGAACAACAGAUGUGACAAGGACAGUUCACUUUGGAAAGCCUACAGAGGAACAGAUUAAGCGUUUCACUGAAGUUCUAAGGGGACAUAUUGCUCUUGCCACUGUCAAAUUUCCCAAAAAAACUUUGGGGGUGAGACUGGAUUUAGUUGCAAGGAAGUACUUAUGGGAGGAAGGGCUGGAUUAUGGUCAUGGAACAGGGCAUGGAGUAGGUGCCUUCCUGAAUGUUCAUGAAGGGCCCAUUUUGAUCUCAUUUAGGGCCAACCCAGCUGAUCCUGGCCUUCAAGAGGGAAUGUUUGUCACAGAUGAACCAGGAUACUAUAAGGAAGGAGAAUUUGGUAUUCGAAUAGAAAAUGUAAUGGAAGUGAAAAGCUCAAAGAGCAAGGGAGACUUUAAUGGGCUUGGCGGACUAUGCAUGGAACCAGUCACUUGGUGUCCUAUUCAGAAGAAGCUCAUCCAUGUACCUUCUCUCACCAACCAUGAGGUAUCUUGGAUCAACAGCUAUCAUGCCCAAUGCCUUGAAGCCUUGAAGCCUUUCCUAGAGAUUGAGGAUCCUUGUGGGUAUCAAUGGCUUAAUCACAAGGAUGCUGUGUUAUGGGUUGGUAACUCAGAAAAGCUUCAAGGAAGCAUUUUCAGCCAAGGAAAGUGUGAAGGAGUGUAUCACCUUGACAUUGAAAAGAACUUAGGUGAAAAAGUGUUUUCAUAUACCUCCAGUCAUCUUGGGUUCUGCAAAGCAGACCUUCAUCCCUUGUCCUGUACUCUUGCUCUUCCUUCUGGAGACAAUGAUGUGGAACUCUUCUGUGUGAAAUCCCACUGUCAGUUGAGCAAAAUAUCUCCAGAUCAGGAAGUUUUGGAAACAAUUGAAAUCAAGAAUCCUGGUGUGGCUUGUGUUAGGAUCCGAGCUGAUAGUAAAAUCACAGCAGCUGGCUGCUGGGAUGGUAGA